AUGAAAUUGAAUAUUGGAAACCAAUGUGACCUCAGCGGCUUUUCUAGUUUUGGUUUCUUAUGUUAUCGCUAUUGCUUCUCGUAGCCGUCAAUUUACAGACUUAACUCAUGCCAAAGCAUCAAAGUGUUUGUCGAAGGCGUACUCUCUCAUUUGCUGAUAUCACAGAAUGCCGCAGAAUCAAUCGUAUAAAUGUAAGUGAAAAUCAUGAUAUUGAUUCAUCAAAAUUAUUCGUCGGUAGCAUGGUACGUCGUCCUUCUUUCACGCUUUUGGAAGAUUACCAAAAUUCAUCUCAUGAACUGCCUUAUCUUACAUUGAAAGACUCUAAUUCUCAUUUUAAAAGUGCCUGCGAAUCCACUGAAAUGAAUGAUUCAUCGAAACCAAAUUCGCAUUCUCAACCUGCUUUGGAUCCGUUUAUUUUCGGUGUAUCAUUUACUGAAUCAAAUUCCGCCAAUGCCCAACUUGACGCCGUACAAUUAUCUAAAAUGCAUAAUAAUUCACUAGGUUCUACAAACUCACCCUCCUUAAAAGAUAAGGAAUAUCUAUUUCCUUCAUCACCCUUAUCCUCAACUUUGAUCAAAUUAUAUCUAUCCAAGGUCUCUUUAUGCUCAUCUACAGAAACAACAGAAAGUAAUUUAAAUUCAGAUGAUGAACAACUUGACUUUCAUAACAAUAUAUAUCCAAAUUUGAUUGGUCUACCUGGAUGCUUACAAACUGUAUUACAUUCAUUAGCUUCUAUGGUUAUGCCUACUAGACAUUUUAUUAGUAUGAAUACAACAACUAAUGAAAUCAAGUCAUCGAAUUUAACAAGAUUAUCUUCAUUAAAUGAGAAUUUUAAAAUUUAUCACUUAAAAUGUCAUCAUACUGAUGGAAGUGCAUAUAAUACAGAUGUAAACUAUUCAAGUUGUACUGAGUCUUCAAGUAUAUUAGAUGAUGUUUCAAAUGGUUAUUACUCAGAUAAUUAUCUUAUUGAAGCAGCUAAAAAAUUGAAGAAGUCUCAUAUGAUAAAUAAUCAUUGGCCAACUGUAAAAUAUAAUCAGCAUCAAUCUAGUCAAAUCUCUUUACUUUCAGGAGGACAAAUGAUCGGGACGGUGUAUUCGUAACUUAAGAAGGUCUUCUUACCAUCGCUGAUACUUUCACACAAUUUCAUCCUACUAAUUCUACCAUUGUUGUAACAAACAACUUUGGGCUGUUCUAUACUCUCUAGUAAACAAGACAUAAUAAUCACAGGCUUUCAUCAAUUUCCUGUUGGUGAAAGUUUGUCAUUUAGAAGCAAUGUUGAUAUGGUGGAGAAGAUUUGUAGCUCAGAAGGAUAAUUUUAUUGGAAUUGCGUUGUCUGACCUCAGAAGACGCAAUUGCAAUAAAAGAAGUAAUGUUGGAUAAAGAACUAAUCAGUUUAAAAUGGUAGUACAAUAAGCAUAUUACCAAUUAAAAAAUGGACAUUCAAAGUUAAAGUCAGCAUAUGUUCAUCAUGUCAACCAUCAUCACCAUGGUAAAUGUCACCAUAAACUUGGUUUGACUAAUGUUUAUGCAGGUUUAAAAUCUAAUAAGGUUGGUGAUACUUCAACAGUUUCCUUGAAUCAACCUCAAUCUCAUAAUAACAAUUAUAAGUUGUGUCUAAAGUCAAAGAAUAUCAUCAGUAGUAAUGAUAAUAAUAAUAAUACUAACAAUCUGUCAGGUACUGUAUCAAUAUCUCAAGAUAUCAAAAGUUGUAAUUUAUUAGAACGUUUCUACAAUUUGUGCACUAAUUUCCAUUCAAAAAUAACAGAAGAUAAUUUCUAUUACAUGGAUGAAAAAUCGUUAGAACGACGAGUUCGUGCACAAGCAUCAAAUAUAAUUUCACCUGUAUCCUUUUAACAAUACAUUAUGUCUAUGUAGAUCAAUGAUGUUAUCUGAAAAAAAUUCGAUUAAUUCUUAAGUAAUAGUAUUUGUUAUGCAUCGUAAACUAUAAUUGAAACAUUUUUCUUUCAUAAUAAUGUAACAUGUUUUGUACUUUUUUCUUUCAAAUCUUAACAAAAUGACACUUGAAAAGAGAGUUCAUUUAAAAUAUAUGUGUGUAUCACCUAACAACUAAUAAUGUUUAUCUUAUUUUGACACUGUAUCUUUAAUUAUAUAUAUAUACUAUUUUCUUGUUUUUUAACAGCUGAUAUCCCAAUUCAAGUGUUUAUCCGUAUUCUUUCUCUCUCUCCAUGUUUUUUUCACUUGUUAUGUAAG